AAGAAAUAGUUUGGACGGUGCACGACAGUAAACAUUUCAACGAUUUCUGUCCCGUGGCUCGCCACACGCAACUUUGUCCUACGGGUAAGAUCGUAUUAGUUACCGACCGCCAGUCGCUUAUCUUCUGUUUAUACACGAAGAUCGGGCGAGCUUAACGACUUCGUGCAGAACGUGCACAUGCAAGACUGUAAGAAACGGCUAUUAUAAUUCAUUUAAAAAUGAAUAUCAUCAAUGUAUUCGGUUUCAGGCUAGUUGUUUUCUUAAUCUGGCCGCCGCGAGACUGCCGGCAACCCUUGCGUAAAAAGAUAAAAAAAGAAAGAUAAAUUCAACGAUAUAUCUGAGACACGUGAGACAUAUCAUACGAUGUACCGUACGCGUAGAAACGAGUCACAAAAACAAACAAAUUUUCAAAAUCAACGUGACACGAUUUGCCGUUCGAUUCUAAAUUUUUCGUAGAUUACGUAUUUAUCCAGUGGUACUAUUCUAAGGGGAGACUUGAAAAAAAAACUCAAAAUUAAUUUUUGACAAAUAAGCUGAGUAAGGUCCAUCCUAGUGUACAUUCAUACCGUUUAUUUCUUUCACGUCACACCGACAGAUGGACUUUAUUUUUCUUAGAUACUGCUGCAAUCUUGUCGAAUCAUUGUUCGCCAAAUCCAUAUUCGUUCAAUUGUUCUUUAACGUUGUCUGCCUUAGCAUUGCAAGAGUCGAAACUGUAAUGAAACUAGGCAAUGCAGCUGAUACGAUACGAUUUGGAUCAUUUACAUUCGCGCAAGCUGCACACAUAUUCGUUCUCUGUCUUCCCGGGCAAAGAUUAUUGAAUCACAGCGAAGAGGUGUACAACGCGGCAUGCGAGGCUAUGUGGUAUAUAUUUCCUAAAAAGUGUCAUAAUUUAUAUAAAUUUUUACUCGCAAGGACUUUAGUAUUUAGCAAAAUCACAGCUUUCAAAGUAGCGACCAUGUCAAUGAAAACUUUUCUCGCGGUAAAUACUUUCUAUCGCGACUCAUUUUAUACGAUGUUAAGAUUAUACAUAAUUUUAUUGUAACACAUACUUUCAGAUUAUUCAAACAGCAAUGAGUUAUUUUACCGUGUUGCUUUCAACUACAUGAAUUUUUAAUGGAAUUAAAAAGCAAUACAUUUUAGUCGCAUAUUUAAUAAAGAUCGUAGGGGUUUGAUAGAUAAAGAGAUUGCUUUCAUUUUAUUUCUGCGAUAAAUAUAAGGAUACGUUUUAAAAAACUCAGGGUAACAACUGACAUGUUUAGCAACACCAGUAUUAGAAAUAGAAAGUAAAACGCAAAACAAUUAAGUAUUAAAGUAAAGACAAUACACGAUGCACGCACAUUGAAACUCGCACUUUAUCUUGACUUUGAUCUUCUUCUUGGUUUUUCCUUUUUCCUCGUUGCGUUACGGUGAUUGAAUUUUUGAAUGCAAAGAUUCGGUAAGUACAGGUAAGAAGUGUAUAUGCGCGUUGUUCCUCUCGAGGUACAUACAUAUAUGUAGCGACGGUCAAUGGAUUUUACAGCAUACUGCACGCUACGUGUACAUCAUCCAAUCAUAAACAAUCUCGAAUUAUUAAAUAGGCUUGACGAUUUUUUCUCGUUUUUGAACCAAUAUACCAAUAACUCUAGGCAUUGCGUAUGGGACAGCUUUGCUUCCCUCGUUUGCCCGAGCUAUAAUCAAAUCAGGAGUAGUUGAUCCUAGUAUUUUAAUUUGAAUCUUUUCUCCAAAAGUUUGCAUAGAAAAUGGUUGUUUCGACGAAAAAUCCACGGAAUCCAUUUUAAGAAUCCAUUUUAAGAUCGUUUUAAAAAGAAGACUCGGGCGGAACUGUAGAAAGACUGACUAGACUUCGAUUUCGAUGAUAAAAAUCAAUAUUUCAAUCAACUUUUUCCUAUACACAUAAGGGGCGAACUCGCAUAAAUUUUGUCGAGAAAUAUUCGCUUAAAGUUACCAGUAUCACUGCAGUGAAUUCUACCCACAGUUGGAUAAUAUCUGUGGCAGCGUAUGCAUUAGUUUAGUUUAACUAAACUGAGUAAGACGACACUAAAAUUAUAUGCAAGACAGAGAAGUAAGACGACAUCGACGCAAUAGCGACGCAACAAAGGCAAUACGUCGAUUGGAUCUUUUAUACGAUAUUAAAUUUAUUCGAAAGUAUUAGAAUAGUUUAUUGGAAAAAGUGAUCGAUCCGAACUCUACGUAGUUCAUGACGGUGACUCGGCCGUCUGACGAGCGCAUGUUCCACCGAUGCAGAAUUUUUCGUUGGUCGGAACUAUGUAAGAUAUCUUGUGUAUAUGGAAAUUUAAAGGUACGUUGAUCGCAAAUUGUAGUAAAUACAACGCGAAGGGCAAUUCUAAUUAUCUCAUGUCUAGUUAUAGGUUAUCGUUAUCGUUAUCGGUUUGUUUUCCUUUGUAUAUAUUGCCCUGCGAGCAUGGAUGGACGAUGCAUCCGGAGAAAUAGACUGUGAGGAAUAACAACGAGCAGCAAGAGGAUUAACAAGAGGAAGAACGAAAAAAGCAUUUAAUCGCUGAUAAUGAAAAAAUGUAUCAUCAUCUCGUUGAUUGCGUGCGAGCGCGGGAGGAAAAGUGUGAAACGAGGAAAGGGCAGAAAGAAGUAGCUCGUAAAUAUGUGAAUACGAUGUGUAAAUAAAAGCGUUUAGAAAUGUGAAACAUUUUGCGUAAAGGAGGUAAUGAUAAGAGCGUAAAAGUAUAGGGUGAAAAGACGAGGUGUGAAAUAAAGAUGCGUAAAUAAAAUAAACGCGUUCCUAACUUGGGUGUGUGAAAGGUAGAGCGAUGUUGAUUCAGCAUGGGAAUUUCUCAAAAAACGCGUUAGUUUUGUUAGAAAA